CAUUUUCCACUCUGGAUUUCAUUAAGAGGCUUCCCUCCUCACGCGUGUCUACUUGUUUUCCCCAGAGUGAAUCGUUAAUGUUUCGAACAGCUGCAAUGACACUUAAAUAUUAGGCUAGAAUGUGUUUUGAUUUGUAAAGUUACAGUCUCAAGUGAGCCAUGUUGUUGGGAGUUCCUCCAGAGUGGCCGACUGUAGACGGCGUUUAUGAGAAACUAGAUGUGGACGAACCACUCAAGUCCAAACUUGUUCGCUUUAUAGAGAAGCUAAAAGACUUUGCAAGGGCCUCUGUGAAACGUUGUAAGGAAAGGAUUCUUGAUGAAGCUUUGCGUCUUGUAAAGUCUGUCUCCACUGAGGAAUGGCACACCUUAGAUGACGGUCAGAUGCUGUCAAUGGCACAUGUUAUUGUCUCGAUGCAGUUAGAAACAGUCGGUUAUUCAGCUGCUUUUCAGAGACUGAAUCAGUUACUUAUGAAAAUUUCAGAGGACAGACCAGUUGUGACAGCGGACAUAAAAAGAAGACUAUGCACAGUUCUCCAAACUAACAAAAUUAUGCUGAUCAAAGACCUCCAGACAGCAUGCAUGUAUCUGGAAGAGAGCUGUUUUGGUCGCGAGGUAUGCAGGGAAAACCUUCCGCUACUGCUAUCUAGCAUAUCAAACACAUUGUUAUGGGUGCUGGAGGAGGAGCAGGUGGUCACGCAGGAUGAAGAGUGGUGCUGCUUCUCUGUUAAGAUAUGCCUGCAGGUAUUUCAACUGCUUUCAGAGGAGGUGAGCAGGCAAGUCUGGAUAGAGAAGAGUAAUAGUACCACAAUACACAGCAUUGUCACAUGCCUGGUCGAAGUCCUUUUAGGGAAGACUUCCAAUCGAGAUACCAGGCUCCUGGCUGGCACUGCUUUAGUGAUGCUAAUAAAUACUGCUCCUGAGCAGAAGGCUGGAGUAAAAGCUUCUGCCAGUCUUUUAAAUCUUGUACAAAAACGAAUGACAGAAUUGCAUUUGGGAGGCCUCGAGGUGAGCAUUUCUACACAGAAGAGGGAUGGUGUGGAGAGACUGGCCAUUGCAAGGGCGUUUUUAACCUGUGGCAGGAAGGAUAUUUUGGUCAGACGAAUAGACACAAUUCAGGGCUGCUUGCUAUUGGAUAUGGUGUUUCCUAUGGUGGCUGACUUGUGCAAACAGAAUCUUGACUGCCAUUAUUAUACAUUUCAAGUACUAUCUCUUUGGCUGAAGCGUUUGAAAGAGUGCCUGCCUGAUCUUUGGCGAGAGACAGGAGUGUGCAUUUUAUCGGAAGAUUCUACUUUGCUGCUGACUGUGACCGAACUUGUUUGGAACAAUGCAGAAAGCCCAGUAGAAGGAGUUUCAGAAUUUGUUCACAGCUCUUUUCGUUUGCUUUUGGAGAUCUACACCUUAGAAUGUGAACAUUUUGCUGACUCAGAAAGACCACUUUAUUUUUCUUUCCUUUGUCGGGUAGUUGCACUACCAUGGCAAAACAAAGCAAAGUACUUUCCACUUUGUGCUCUGCUGCCAUAUCUGGGUACCAGUAAGAUUCUACAAAUAUUCCCAGAACUGCCUUGUCAGCUUUUGAACAGUCUUUCCACUACAUACCUGACAUCAUGUGCAGCUGAAGUCUAUAAGUUAAUGAUCCAUCAUCAGAGACUUGAACUGAGGAAACGGGGAGAGGCUAAUUUGUCUGAAACUGAAAUGGCGGCACACUGGGCUGCAUCCUGGUUGUCUACCCUAUCUGAAGCUUUGACCUCUGAGAUCACCCUAAUGCACAACAAUGCUGCCAACUAUCUUCUUCCCUGUACACUACGCACCUUUCCGGAAACCUUUGAUAUUUUGUGCAAUACUUUUACUCUAGUAAACCCUGGCCACCUGCGUGCCUUAAUGACUAUAUUGAAGACCCAAAGAUCAGUGGGAGCUGACAGUCUGAUACUGCAGGGUGCCACACUGGAAAAAGUGCAUCUUUGCCUGCACUCAUUGGAUGAAAGUGUGCGUCUAGGGGUGCUGGGAUUCCUUUCUUGCUGUCCCAAGACUAACCAACCAGUAUCCAUGCAGGAGCUGGAUUUACUGAAGGAAUUUCUCCCAUUGAAUUUAAACUGUGAAUCUUCACCUUUCCGACAACAUCUGCAGGUGGGUGUGAAAAAAGUGUUGGUACGAAUCCGAGACAGCUGUCUUGUUCAUCUUCGAAACGGCACAGCAAGAGCACAAAACAGAAGAAAGGAGAGCUCACAAGGUAGUGGUGCAUUGGACAAUGAGCUAAUUCAGGCAAUAGGUUUUGUUGAUUGGCUGGUUCAGUUAUCUAUAUCCUCUCUGGCUCCCAACCUUAAUUUUCAGCGGAAAAAGACUGCACUACUACUUCUAUCUGCCGUGCUGGAGACGUGUACAGAUAGCUGGGUGCCAGACAAGAAAAAAGGACAACCACCUGUGGACAUUUCAGCCCUCAUAAAUUGGUCAAAGGAAAGGGGUUACUGGGAUUUCUUUUCAGAAGUAAACCUUUGGGUUUUCUUUGGCUGUUUACAGGACAGUACAAAUGAGAUAAGAGAAAUGACGGCAGAUUUACUUGUAAAGUUCUUUCCUUGCUACCUGCCACAGACCUUUAUGGGAGCACUUGUUGAUAAAGCUCACAGGGCCUUGCUGAGUCCCCGGGUGCAUGAUGCUGAAGCAGGAGCAUUAAUGAUGCAGUUGGUUCUUCAAAAAUCAAGAAGCCUCGAAUUCCUCCUUGGGAACUCCUCUGAAAAUACUAAAGAAGCCUCAUCUUCAGUUGAGAACAAAGCUGUUUUCUUUCUGUUGUACCUCAUUAAGGAGCUGGAGGAACAUUACAAUUUGGCCAAAAAAGAUAUGCUACUGGCUGCAAGGAGCAAGCCUUUACACGGUGUUAUUGCUGCCCUCCAGCGGUGCAUCGCUAAAGUCCCUGAUGUGCUGGUAUCCAUUCAGAAAAGACAGACAUCCCCAGAUGUACCAGAUAUUCUUGACAAACUACUUGGGACCAUUUGCAGUAUAACUUUUUUCAUUUUGAAAGUCCUUUAUGGAAAAGAAUGUGACCUUGAAAAUCCUCAAGAAGCACCUCCUUCCUUUGCUGAUAUGGGAAAAGCAAUUUAUUCCUUGAUUGCUGAAGGAAAACCACUUGACCAACUACAAGAAGAAGAUUCUGUGCUACUCUCAGAGGAUCACAGCCUUAUUCUUACGUGUUGUUGGGUGACUGUGAAGGAAAUUGGAAUUUUAUUGGGUACACUGGUAGACAAAUCACUAUCAGGGACUCCUGUCAAUUCUCUGGAGUUGUUGCUGUCAAUGGACAUGUUGAAGAAAAUUGCUAAUUUAUUUCAAGAUUUGCUUCUAAAGUGCCGACACUGGGGAGCUGUGGAGGGCUGUUGUAUUGGAUUCACUAAAUUCUGCUCUGUUCUUCUGAAUCAUUCAAACCAGGAAAUACAGGCAAUCCCAAAACAAAUCCUGGAGCAGGCUCUUUCUGUUCUGAAAAUGCCUCGCAACACCUCUGUCACUCGACGUGCUGCAGGGCUGCCCAUGCUUAUCAUGUGUGUCAUUACUGGUGAAGACCCCAGCAGAUCUCGUCCACUGUUGUCUUUGUGCAUGAAGAUGUUACUAGAAGUGGCAAAUACCCCUCUGCCUAAAGAAUGGGACCAAACCUUGGACUUGCCUCAGGUCUGCUCCUUACAUGUGCUGCAGACUCUGGUUCGGGGCUCAGGAUUAGGAGUGGCUGUGCUGCAAUUUGCUACGCCAAUGACGGUGCUUUCUUUGAAUGCGCUAAGUUCUCCUUGUUGGGCGAUGAGAAACGCAGCUCUCCAGCUUUUCAGUAGCCUUUGUGUUCGAUUGAUGGGUCAGAGAUGGAACAGGGAAGACAACUCUGUGCAAAAUGGAAUGUCUCCUUCAGCUUUUUUCACCCAUUACUCCUUGCUACGGGAUUUCUUUCUGCAGGAAUUAAAGCAAGCCUCCAUUACUGAACCACUUGCUGAAAAGGGGAAGCUGCUUAUUACCCCUUCUCUACACUCUGUUCUGACACUCCUUGCAAAGUUGCAGCCUGGGUUCCAUGAUAAUUCAGAUGCAGUCUCUGGUUUCAUCCACCCAUUGCUCACAUUAGCAGGAAGUCCACUCUAUGCUGUGCGAGUGAUGGCUGCUAGAAGUUUGAUUCCAAUGGUUUCUGCUUCGGCUGUUGGUCAUCUUCUCUUACAGUUGAUUGAAGACCUGCCUUCAGAAGGAAAUGCAUAUAGUCACAAUGAACUACAUGGACGGUUACUUCAGAUAAACACCUUGCUGCACAAGGCUCUAAAAGUGAACAGAUUUGUUCCCAGUGCCAUACAGAACUUUAUGACUCAGUUUGAAUCAAAGUUUUGGCUGGUAACUCGGAGCCAGCAUUGCCCACUAAACCGUUUUGCUUACCUUGAAGUGGCAGCUUUAUUGAUAGAAUGGUGUGGAAAAGGCUUCACUGAGCAGCUGCACUUAGAAUUACAGUCAGAGCUCAUAACACCUCCAUGCAAGCUGCAGGUUGGUGCUGCCAUUUUUCGACAAGCUGCUACUCAGUUUCUUUGCAGUGAAGCCAUCAGAACAGGGGAUGUGAAAAUAGCAGAUUAUGUUUGUCAACUGAUGAUUUCAAAAGAUAUUGAUAUUCGGUUAUCUGUUGCUGCUUGGAUAGUAAGGGAGCAAACUUGGAAAGGCACUUAUCUAGGACUGGCACUUCAGGAUACCUUAAAGAAAUUCCUAAAGAAUGCAGUGGUGAUACAGAAAGAUGUCGCAUUUCUGAAAGCAUAUUUGGAGGCAUUUGUGACUGUGGUUGGUGAAAUGGAGGAUGUUGGUGUGAUCAAUGACUCUUCUGUCCACAAGUCCACUUAUCAUGAACUUUCUGACUGUGCUGAAACGUUGAUUUCAAUGCUAGAGAGCAGACUGGCUGGCCCGGAUCUCCUUGCACAUGCAUUAUGUGCUUCCAGCUUACUGCUUCUAAGACGUGUUGAUGACUGCCUGCUGGAACGCUGGUGUUCAGUGUUGGAGGAGCAUGCCCUUCCUCAUUCCUUUGAGAUCCUGAGACUUUCAGCUGCAAAGUCACUACACUUUGUUGGUGUCUCCUUAUUGCAUCACAGCUCAACCAUUUGUGUGUCCCAUGCUACACUAGCUUUGAGGUUAAUAAAUGCCAGUAUUCUCCUGUUACAAGAUGAAGAUGCACGUGUUAGAGCAGAAGCUGCAGAGUUUGUCUCCAGUUUGACCUGGAAGAGGUGGAACCUCUGCCACUGUCUUCCUUUUCAGGCCAACAAAGCUCUGCUGUACCUCUUGGAUUACCUUCUUGAUGAAUUUUGGGAAAACCGAGGGACAUUAGACUUGCUGUUAUCGCACCUUCCCCAAGUUGACCUGAAGUGUAUAUUUCAAGAAUUGGAGGGGCCUGAAUCAAUCACCCUUUAUGAACAGGAUGAAGCCAAUGUGUUUGCAGAACCUGCUGUUAUUUCUAAGCUGCUCCUACCUUACAUUUGCCGACUUUCUGAGAAAAUGGCUACUACGUCACCGCUACGAGAGUAUCUGAAGGACUGGGUGACCACCAACAAAGUAGUCAUCUUGAAUGACAUGGAGUACACCAGGCACUGGUUCACCCAAGAGUGUGUGGCACCUUCAUACCAGCUAAGAGCUCUGUGUUGUCCACGCAUGAGAACUGCCCUAAAUGCUCUUCUUGUGAAAUCCACUGUUGUGCUCCACAGUGAGCGUGUGCUGCAGGAAGACCAGGGUGUCGAGCUUGGUGAGGCACACACUAUUCUGAAGCUGCAGCAGGAAAUGGAAGAAACGCAAAGAGUACUUGCUCAAAAAGGCAUUAUGCUUCUAUAUCAGAUGUAACCAACAGGCUUCCCAUCUGUUUUACAAACACAUAUAUGAAGAAAAUCACUGGACCAAACGAUUUCCGCCAUCCUUUAAGCAAUAGCAUCUUCAGCACUUUGUGACCUGUCCCACUGUUCUAACCUGCUUGAGUUCCUCUUGUGGAAUUUCAAAAUGACCAUCCAUGCUUGUGGUUUGCAACAUUGUCACUGUUUCAAGGAGUUGGCAGCACAUCAGAAUGGGGAUCUACAGUCGCAGUUCCUGGAAUUCAACUUCCUGCAAAGUCUCGGCAUAUACACACUGAUAUGCUUGCUCCUCCAUGCCAUGGACAUUUGCUCUACUGCUACUGUCUUUUCUGACUAUUCCAUGACACUAAUCAACAAAGUGUGUGUGGCUACACUUAUCUAAAGUCUUGGACUCCUGGGUAAUCCUGUUCUGACACUAAAGCACGAACCUGGUGUUCUACUGGCUUGAGUCUGCCAUGUAACAAGAUGGCUGUAAAGAAACAGAAACCAAAACUUUUAAAUACGUGAACAGGGCUCAGGCCGGGUGUGAUCAGGAAAACCCUUCCUGCCAACUUCAUUCCACAGUGUUCUGCUGAUUUGUGCUCUCCACAUGGGAAGAAGAUAGAACAUAUUCAGAUUUAGGAGGUUAUUCAAAAAUAAAUGAAAAAGAUGUACUUAAGUGUCGGCAUGCUGUUACCAGAGCCUAGGACUCUGCAUCAUCAUUGGGGCAACUAAUAUAUUCUUUAGAGAUGACUUGGAUUGUGUGGACUUCAGUUUCAUAGCCAGUUUGUAGCCACUUGCCAGGAAAGGCAAAAAUCACUUUCUAGAAAUUACACUGUUGGAUUUUUGAAAAACAGUUUCUUAAGAAAAGCUGAAAUCGUGGUGAUUUCUGUGUCUAGCUGCAUAAAAGUAAAUUGGGAUUGGGGGGACUCCUCAUGUUCAAGUGACCACCAAUGAGUAGCAAAGAUGUUACUUCAGCUCUCACCAGCCUUAAUGUUCCAGCCCAGAAAAGUGUAGAAACGUAAAAACAACUGUGCUAACACUUUGUGCUGCUCUGCUAAAUAAAUAAACACAUAUUUAACAUAUCCUAUGUUCCAGUAAUGGCCAAUUGUCAUGUCCUGCUUUGCACCCAAUGCUGUCCUACAUUUCUACGUUCAAAUAUUUUGUAUGUUGGAGCUUCACUACACCAUUUUCACUGAAAGUUUUUCUGUCACGGUCACGUGUUUACUGAAAGCCAGCAUCUGCCCUCUUCUAAAUUAGAUGUUGACCCCUUGCCCUGUCCCGUUUAUGCACAAAGAAGAAAAAGGCUGACAGCUGUUGAUCCCCGCCAGGCAGGAUGUUUGCUGAUCA